AUUUUGAUUGGAGGCAAUUGAUUCCAAUCCCUUUUUUAUUUACUUCUUUUGCUUGAUGUGUAGAAUUUGAAGCUAAUUUGGUUUCAUCUGAUUGAGGAUUGAAUGCAUGGAAUUCUUUGAUUUGAUUCAAAUGGUAGAAUGAUUCCAAUCUUAUUCCCAAUUCUUGAAAUUGAUAAAACUUGUUUGAAUUGUGAAUGUUAUUGUUUUGAUAUGAAACAUUUUGUUGUUGAAGAAGAGCUCUCUAAUUGAAACUAGACAUCCAAUUAAGGCCUAGAUUGAUAGAUAGAUAGAUUGAUUGAUAGAUAGAUAGAUACUUUGUAAUUUGUUCAUGUGUACAUCAAGAAAUGGCAACCAGUGCUUUUGUGAUACUAGACAAUGGAUUUAGAACCAAAGAUAAUAAUGUAUCUUCAAUCAAUCGGGAAGAACCCGGUAAGCCAGAAGGUUUGAAGAAAACGUCGGCAAUUGGAAGGCCUCCUCGGCAUCUCCCUGAUCUCCGGCAUUGCAGGAGCUCUAACCAGUUGCCAACUUUAUCUGAUUUUGAUUCUGGUUUUCGAAGCCCUGGUUUGAUAUCGCCGUCUGAUGCACGGAAAAAUUUCUUGCCUGUGUAUCGGUCGGGGAGUUGUUCGGAGAUUGGGCCGAAACAACAUAUGGAAGAUGAGCACAUUUGUAUUGAUAAUCUUGUUGAACAUCUCAGAGGAGACAUGGAUUUUCCUUCUCCUGGUGCUUUCUAUGGGGUAUUUGAUGGGCAUGGUGGAACAGAUGCAGCAUCAUUUGUGAGAAAAAACAUACUAAAGUUCAUACUGGAAGACAAAGAUUUUCCGACAAGCAUAGAAAAGGCUAUGCAAAGUGCAUAUGUUAAAGCAGACCAUGCAUUUGCUGAUCACCCUCAUUUGGAUUGCUCCUCUGGAACAACUGCACUCACUGUUCUCAUCUUCGACAGGAAAAUGCUCAUAGCCAAUGCCGGUGACUGUCGAGCGGUACUAGGAAAGCGCGGUCGUGCGAUCGAGCUUUCCAAAGAUCAUAAACCAAAUUGCAUGAGUGAAAAACUGCGAAUUGAGAAGCUAGGUGGUACUGUGACAGAUGAAUAUCUGAAUGGGCAGUUAUCGGUGGCACGAGCCAUCGGUGAUUGGCACAUAAAGGGAUCGAAAGGAUCGGUAUGUCCGUUGAGCGCGGAACCUGAGUUGCAGGAAUUAACAUUGACAGAAGAAGAUGAGUUCUUGAUAAUUGGAUGUGAUGGAUUGUGGGAUGUGAUGAGUAGUCAAUGUGCAGUGACAUUGGCAAGGAAAGAGCUGAUGUUUCACAAUGAUCCUGCAAGGUGUUCUAGAGAGCUUGUUAGGGAGGCUAUGAGGAGGAAUACUUGUGAUAAUUUGACUGUGGUUGUGGUGUGUUUCUCUCUGGAUCCACCAAUUAGGAUUCAGGUCAGUAGGUCCAGAGUUAGGAAGAGUCUUUCUAUGGAGGGAUUGCAUGUUCUUAAAGGAGCUCUGGAUUGUGAUUUCUGAGAG